AUGACGGGGGCGGCGUCGCAGGCGUACGGGGAGGCGUGGUACUGGGACGAGCGGUACCGCAAGGAGUCGGGGCCCUUCGACUGGUACCAGAAGUACCCCGCCCUGGCGCCGCUGCUUCGCCUCUACGUGCGCCCGCACCAGCGCCUCCUCCUCGUCGGAUGCGGCAACUCCGUUUUUGGUGAAAACAUGGUUCAGGAUGGUUACCAGGACGUUGUCAACAUUGAUAUAUCGUCUGUGGUGAUUGAACAAAUGAAGAAGAAAUACCAUGAUAAGCCUCAACUAAAAUAUACGAAGAUGGAUGUAAGAAACAUGUCAGACUUUGAGUCUGGUUCAUUUGAUGCUGUUAUUGACAAAGGAACACUAGAUUCUAUUAUGUGCGGCCAAAAUUCACAAGAGCAUGCAGCGAAGAUGCUAGGGGAGGUGAACAGAAUCCUCAACGAUAAGGGGGUCUACAUCAUGAUUACUUAUGGGGAUCCAAGUUAUCGAUUGAAUCUUCUGAAGGACCUCCAAUUUUGGACAGUAAAGCUUCACGUCAUAGCAGAUAGGUGGGAGAGAAGUUCCAAAAAGACAUGGGAUCUGACCGAGCCACUGCCUUUACAAGAUGAUAGUACAUCGAUUAUCAACCUUCUUGGCCCAAAACCUGAUGUUCACUAUAUUUAUGUCUGUAUAAAGGACAACGACAGUGCAAGGGUGGACUUGAAGGCCGAGGUCAAUGAAGCAGACAAAUGA